UUUAUUACUAGUAGUGUAAAUUGUGAGUGCGACAUCGAAAAUUUGCAAUGUUUUGAUUUCGAUAUGUAAUAUGAUCUAUCAUAAUAUAGAUUUCUAGAUAAGGAAGUAAGGAAGGAUCAUGAAGUCUCAGAUCCUAACUGAAAGGCAACAGGAUGAAUUAAAUAAAGCCAUUGUUCAAUAUCUAUCGAACACAUUAAAUGGAGAAUCAAUCAUUAUUGAAAAUAUAUCUAAUCUAUUACAAGUACAAAAUAUUGAUGGAGUAGUACCGAACUAUUUAGAAAAGAAAUGGUCAACUGUAAUACGAUUACAAAAGAAGAUAAUGGAUCUUGAAACAGAAGUAGGCAAUCUUCGAACUAUUGUGGAUUCUCACCAAAAUAAUUCUAACGAUAAUUCUAAUUCUAAUGGAAUAUUUAAAAGAAAUAGAAUAAAUUGGUUACCAAUAAGUAAUAGUACAACAUUUAAUACUCAAUCAAAUCAAUUAAUACUAUGUACAAAAUUUCAUCCAACAUUACCUAUUGUAUUUGCCGGUAGUUCAGAUGGUUCAUUAAUUGUAUGGAAUAUUGUUAAUGAUGAAAAUACUAUUCCUGAAAAGAUUAUUAAAGCUCAUGCCAGAGGUAUAAAUAAACUCGCAUGGUCUAAUAAUCCAAUAGAUUUAUCAUCAUCAUCAACUUCAUCAUUAGAAUCAAAAUUUUAUAUACUUGCAUCAUGUUCAGCAGAUUUAACCAUUAAAAUUUGGAAUGGAUCAACUUAUCGACAUAUUAGAACUUUAACAGGUCAUGAACAUACAGUUUCUUCAGUUAUAUUUUCACCUACAAAUUCAACAAUAUUAUAUUCAGUAUCUCGAGAUAAAACAGUUAAAGUUUGGAAUCUUUUAGAUGGAUAUUGUUUAAGAAGUUUUGUAGGUCAUAGUGAUUGGGUUAGAGAUAUUGAUAUUGCCAAUAUUAAUUCAACUAUUAUGUUAUCAAAUAUUCAACAAUCAAAUAAAUUAGGUGAUUUUAUAUUAACAUGUUCAAAUGAUCAAUCAAUAAGAUUAUCUCAUGCAGAUACUGGUACAGCUUUAGCAUUUAUAGUGGCACAUACUCAUGUAGUUGAAACAGUCAAAUUUCUUCCAUUAACAUCUAAUUUUAUAUUAGAUAAAUAUUUAAAUAACUAUAUAUCUGAAUUCCCUAAUAUCCCAUCAGAUUUGAUAAAUAAUAUAUCAUAUACAGAUAUUUUAGGAUUUAAAUAUUGUAUAUCUGGUGGUAGAGAUAAUUUAGUUAAAUUAUUUUUAUUACCACCUCCUACAUUAACUUAUGAUAAACCACCAUCACCAACAAAAUAUAAUAAUGGUAUGGGUUUUGAAAUCGCAUCUAUGAUUGGUCAUACAGCUUGGGUAAAAGCUUUAGCUAUACAUCCUAAUGGAAAAUAUAUAUUUAGUGCUAGUGAAGAUAAAACCAUUAGAAUUUGGGAUUUAAAUACUUUGAAUACUGAAAAGAAUAUUAAAUGUAUAAGGAUAUUAACUGGACAUGAAGGAUUCAUAAAUAGUAUUGAUUUUGCAAAGUAUAGUUUAGAAACAAUUGAUACUAGUAAGAUUGCCAAUGAACAAGAAUUAUAUGAUACAUUAUUAAAACAAAUUGAAUCAAAGAUGAAAUGCUUAUUUAUUAGUGGAGGUACUGAUAAUUCAGUUAGAUUGUGGAAUUGAUAAUGAUGAAUGAUGAUAAUAAUAAUAUUAUGACUAUAUAGAU